AUGAGAGGCCAUGAGCUUAAGAAGAAUGCUUUGCUUGCCCGCGGACCACCAUUGCUAGAUGUAGAUUGGCAGAAUCAUAAGAAGUGUAAUAACCCACCAUUGCAUUUCAACCUUUCCCACACAGAUUCAUUAAUUGCCUGUGGGGUGACAGUACAUGUUCCGUUGCAUUGUAUUACGACUGUAGACCCGGAAGUUCAGCGAAAGCAAUUUAUAAAGUUAUGGACUCUUAAGGAAGCAUAUGUGAAAGUAUUAGGAAAAGGUUUCUCUGCUGCACCUUUUUAUACCUUCACAAUUCAGUCGAAGGCUGGCACAGGAGGAGGCUACAAUCUUUGCGAGGUUUGUUUUAGACUUAAAAUCAUUAUGCUGCAAUCUGUAUUGAAGAUGAUCAAGCUAGUGGAGGUGCAAUUUCAGUUGACAUAG